CCCAACAAUCAAUCACCAGUCACCAGUGUUCCCAACAACCAAUCACCAAUUACCAGUGUUCCCAACAACCAGUCACCAAUUACCAGUGUUCCCAACAACCAGUCACCAAUCACCAGUUCACCAAUCACCAGUGUUCCCAACAAUCAAUCACCAAUCACCAGUGUUCCCAACAAUCAAUCACCAAUUACCAGUGUUCCCAACAAU